UCUACUUGACUAAAGCACAAUCUAAUUCAGAAAUGGAAGAAAAAUCGAACGCGAAAGCAAAGCCAACUGGAAACAACGAGUUCUUGAUGACAGAGGAUCCUGAGCAGCCGAGUGGAUCGAAGGAGGGUUCGCAGUCCUCAGAGGCCGAGGAAGAACACAUCAGCGAAGCGUUCCAUCGCCUCGAGGAAAAAUUAAAUGACAUGGAAAGGCGGAUUGCCCACGCGAGGAAAGUUAAAAGGCGUUUAUUCGUUCGCCUCUUAUGUUUAAUCCUCGAUCUACUACAAGCAAAGCUAUAUUUGCAGAACACGUAGUAUAUGCGAUUUCUGUUAAUCU